CUGCAAACAAAGAGAGCAUACUCCAUCAUUGAGCCAAAGAGAGAAUGCUCUCUCUACACUACUCCCCUCCAUUACCUUCCCUCCUAUACCCUAAUUCCGACCACACCCACCUCUCCAUUCCCAUCAAAAACCGCAAUUUCUCAUCCUUCAAUCUCCACCCACUCCCCAAAACCCACAAUUCCAAGCUCUCAAUCAAAACCCACUUCAGAAAACUCGUCUGCAAAGCUUUAAAGGACUCCGGUGAAGAAAAGAAGGUGUCUUUGGACAGUGGCGGCGGCGGAGACGGCGGAGGAGGAGGCGGCGGUGACGGUGGCGACGAUGAGCAGGAGGAGAAGAAGAGUGGGCCCCUGCCGGGGUGGUUGAACAUAACUACCGAUGAUGCCAAGACAGUGUUUGCGGCAAUUGCGGUGUCGCUUGCGUUUCGGUCUUUCGUAGCUGAGCCGAGGUUUAUUCCUUCCUUGUCAAUGUACCCUACUUUGGAUGUUGGAGAUAGAAUUGUAGCUGAGAAGGUUUCAUAUUACUUCAGAAAGCCAUGUGCCAAUGAUGUUGUUAUCUUUAAAAGUCCACCGGUCCUUCAGGAAGUAGGAUAUACCGACCUUGACGUCUUCAUUAAAAGAGUAGUGGCCAAGGAAGGUGAUACUGUGGAGGUUCGCAAUGGGAAGCUCAUAGUUAAUGGGGUCGAGAGAAAUGAAAAGUUCAUCCUGGAACCACCUUCUUAUACUAUGACACCUAUAACUGUGCCAGAGAACUCAGUUUUUGUGAUGGGUGACAAUAGAAAUAACAGCUACGAUUCACACGUAUGGGGUCCACUGCCAGCCAAGAAUAUUUUGGGAAGAUCUAUCUUUCGGUACUGGCCCCCGAAAAGGAUUGGCGCCACUGUUCUUGAGACCGGAUGUGCUGUAGACAAGCAGGAGAGUAUUCCAGCAUCUCAACCAAAGGAAGGUGCAGCAUUGAAUUGAAAAGGAAGACGGCUUAGACCAUUUUUUCUUUCAAAUUUUGUGUAACAUAUCUCUCGGGGGCUAAUUUUUUCCGAAAAGCCCUAUUUAUUGUUGUAGAUUGAAAAUCUGAACCUCAAGUUGAGUAACUUAUUUGACACAUCAAAAUUUACUCUCUUACUGUAUCGUGUUUUAGUUUAAU